UGAUAUUUAGUAAAUUGACGGUUAUGUUUUGCCGGGUAAAUUGUAGACAUCUGAAAGUCUAUGUAAAAGUCGUGCCUAAUCUUGUCACUUGAAAGUGUUCAGCCUGAAGAAAUCAAAGGGAAUUCCAGAAAGUCCAUCCAUAACCAACAGAGCUUAACGAAACAAAACAAAGAUCUCAACGGGCUCUCUAGAAGCCACUGAACUCCACACUUCGUUGAUCAUGUGAAUGUUUAAAUUAUUAACCAUCAUGGCAAAAGUUGUGAAAAUCGAUGGUAGUUUAGGAGAAGGUGGCGGACAGGUAUUAAGGAUUGCCAUUAGUUUAAGUGCGCUAUACAAUAUUCCAAUCCAGAUUGAGAAUAUCAGGGUGGGGCGACCAAAACCAGGGUUAGCUGCUCAGCAUCUCAAAGGAGUAGAAAUAGCUCGUGAUAUGUGCAAUGCAAAAAUAAACGGGGCAUAUAUCGGUUCAACGCAUCUGGAGUUCUAUCCCGAGACCCUAUCCAAAGUUCGGAAACGAGAAUUUUAUGCUGACAUACAGACAGCGGGUUGUAUCGCCCUGCUGGCCCAAGUGGCAGUGCCAAUUGCUUUAUUCUUACCUUCUGAGAAUCGACCGGUUGUCCUGACACUCAAAGGAGGGACCAAUGUCCCAAUGGGUCCACACCUCGAGUAUCUUACUGAGGUUUUCAAGCCCUGGCUCAAUAAGUUCGGAGGAGACUUUGAUUUCACUGUUGUUAGGAGGGGUUACUAUCCAAAAGGUGGUGGAGAGAUAAAUCUACGAAUAAUGCCAAUUAAAAAUUUGAAGCCAAUUGACGUGAUUAGGCAAGGCAAUAUCAAUGGAAUCUCUGGUUGGGCAUAUGUAGCUGGUUCUGUGUCUCUACACGAAGCAUAUCAAAUGGCUGGAGAAGUUAAAGACUCUCUAUCCAAGGAACUGGAAACAAAUGACAUUGAGGUUCCUCCAAUAAAUAUUGAGACAUACAGAGAAGAUAGAAACACGGCUGUGGGCAAUGGGGCCGGUAUCAAUGUCGUAUGUCACACGGACACUGGAUGCGUGUUCGGAGGUUCUGGACUAGGAACGUAUAAGCGAGAUACUUUAACGAGCACUCCUCAGGACGCAGUCGAACAAAUCAUGAACCCCAUAAUCAAUAAGUCAUGUGUGGAUGUUCACAUGCAGGAUCAAUUGAUUCUGUUCAUGGCCCUGGCCAGAGGUCGUUCCAGCAUCUUCAUCGGCUCCCAGAAACUCACUCUGCAUACAGAAACUGCUAUGGAAAUUGCCAAAAUAAUAUUAAAAGACCGGGGAUUAAAUUAUGAACUGAAAAAUAUGAACGAAACAAAUCCUAAUGAAUUUCUCCUGCAAUGUAAUGGCUGUGGUCUUACCAAUGACACAUAAAUAAACUCUGGAAUGAAUUCAUCACUAGAAUGACAUUCCCAUUAAUAAA